AGAGGGAGGGAGAGACGUGGCUGACGCGUCUGCGCACCAAUAGGAAGCCGGGGAUGAUUCGCACGUUGGCUCAAUUGGCUUAAACUAAAGAGCUCUGCGUCUGAAGGCUUCCUGCCAUGAUUGGGAAGGAUCGAGAAAAACAUCCAGCAGGAGUGUUUGAUGGCAGCCUGCGGGGUCUGAAGGCAGGCGAUGCAGCAGAAUGGCGCUCCCACCAUCACGCAGUGUUUGUGUGCGGGAUUAGCCCCUACUUAGUGUGUGUGUGUCGGUGAGUGUGUGUGUGUGUGCGUGUGUGUGUUUCGGUGAGUGUGUGUGCAGACGCAGGACGCAGGGCGCAGCGAGACGCCAGUCAGGUGGACGCGCCUGCAGUGAUCCAGGUCGCCCCUAUGGAUCGCGUCCAUGGAUGUCUUCAAACCCUCUUUGGACACCAGUUUGAGUCCUCAGGUUUGUGUCCCCUCGUCCGAAGAAGCAGAGGCAGAUGUGUUCCGCUGGCCCACCCCGGAGGGGGGCAGCAGCGCCGCGUCGGACCCGGUCCCUGCCGGCGCACCAGGAUUCUGGACCGCCGUGUUCGACUAUGAGGCGACUGCAGAGGAUGAGCUCAGCCUGCGGAGGGGGGACCUGGUGGAGGUCCUGUCCAAAGACUCCCUGGUGUCCGGGGAUGAGGGCUGGUGGACCGGCAUGAUAGCAGACCGGGUCGGCAUCUUCCCCUCUAAUUAUGUGAGGAACGGCAUACCGGAGGAGAUCCGGGACACCCCGGAGCAGCAGUACUCUGUGCCUCCACUGCACCUUUCAGAUUUCCAGCACAAAAUCACCGUGCAGGCGUCUCCCUCUCACGACCGGAGGAGGAGUUUGCUCAGCAGCAGUUCCAGUCCUCCGUCGAGUCCACCGAUGCUCCCCCGCCUCCGAGCCAUCCAACUCACUCCGGGGGAGGGGUGUAUCGCCUGGGGUCGCAGUGCAGGAUGUCAGCAGGAGGAAGACGAGGGUGAGAGGAAGGGGUCCAGGAAAAAGGGCCGGUCUCGAGGAGGUGGUCCGUACAGGGAGCACAGCGCUGAUGCAAGUGUGAAGCCUCCUCAUGAAGGCAGCAGGCAGCGGUCCUGCAGCGCCCCAAACCUCCGCAGAUCCCCUCGACACAGUCCAGCGGUGCCCGGGGUGCCCAGCCUCGUGGAGAUGGAAAAUGAAGACUGCUGCUUCACCACGGAGCCGGGAGCACCUCCCGGUCAGACCUACCUCUGCCUCCCCUUCCACAAGGAGUCCAACACGGCUGCUGCUGAGGCUGACGCAGAAGAGUACUGCCCCACCGGCACCGGACCGGCUCCUGGGACACCGCCGUGCAGGAAGAGCCCAGGAGGGGGGCGACGGUCUGAGCUGGUCCUCCUGGGCUGUGGAGCUCUGCUGGCAGCUGUGGGUCUGGGCUGCAACCUGCUCACUAUGGCCCAGCCGGAGGAGAGCAUCAAAUCCAGGUGGGAGGGUUUCUUCCACAGAGCGGGGGGCCAGCGGCGGAGCACCAGCCCUCAGACUCGCAGACUGUUCAGGCGGGAGAGUCCGCUGAAACCCUCGGCGCCCUCGCUGCCGGAGCGAGGCCUGCCCGCCUCCUACACGCUGCUAUCCUUAUCCUCCGUGUCAGACUGUAACUCCACCCGCUCGCUGCUGCGCAAUGACAGCGAGGAGUUGUUGGUGUACCGCCCCGCCUCGCCACACGCUCGGCCCCCCGUGUCACAGCAUCAAGCCCCGAUGAACCCGCUCGUCAACACGCACCUGGAGAGCUUCAAGAGGAACCCCCGACAGUCUCUCACACCGACGCACGUCCCCUCCGCCCCGAGCUCCUCACGCAGCCUGAGACGGACGCCGUCAGACGGGGCCAUCAAGAAGAGCUGCCUCUCCAACAACCUGGAGCCGCUGCCGGAGAAGACGGCGUUAGAGAACACAGGAGUCUUCAGAGGUUUAAAGGAGGACUUUCGUGAUGUCCCGCGGCUCCCGGACCCAAAUCUCGUGUUCCCUCCGACCCCCCGCCGUCGCUGUCCUCCCGAACGCCCCAAAACCCUUGACUUUGUGGCCCGGCCUCGGCCUUCUCCGCGCUCACGCUGUGAUGUGUUCUGGCCCGAUACGAGGCCGCGGGGAAACGGACAGAGCCUGGGUAACGGCGAGUCCCCCGCUCACACGUCCAGCACAGAAACGCCUCCAACCGUGGAGUUUGGCGUGGACCCAGCGGUGCUCCCAACCCCCAUGGAGGCUCCGACGCCAUACUCCCCACGCAAGAAGGAGAACCUGUUGGAUCGGCUGGAUGAGGGACAGUGCCGGGACGGGACUGUGCCGCUCUGUAGACCAGAGGUCAGCUUUCCCAAAGACUCGCCGUAUCGCUACAGACCCGGGUUCUGGUCUUAACUCUGAUGGAUGAGACUGUCACUGCUGUAGGGUUGGAUUGUUACAGGUCUGGGCCCGUUAGUACUCACAAAAUGAAUUGAUCCCAAGCUUAUUGAGGUCCCUCCUCGACUUAAAAUACGUCACUGAAGUCCAAAUCGAUGUUCUCUCUAAAAUAACCACCUCGUUGUUUUGCUAUUUGUGAUAAAAAUCCUGCAACUUUGCUUCUAAAACCACAAAAACAAACAUGAGAAGUAUCUGGGAAUGUGUUUCAACCAACAGGAUCACCUUUUAUUGGUUGAUUUUUUUGUGUGUCUUUAAAAUAUGAAGACUUUUCUUUGGGGUCAAACUGAUUUCCAGCUCCUCCACUGAGCGGCGUUUCCAGUUUCACAAAGCUUUGCAUCUUUUUUUAAUUUCAAGCUUGAGUCCUAGACGGUGCAUUUAAUGAAGUGCACUUUUGGAAAGCGUCAUGAAUGUAAAGCUUUAAGUUAUUUUUCAUUGUCAGAUAUGUUGUUUAAUUGUUUGAUUAAUGUGCUGGUGGCUGUUUUGUAUCGAGCACCUGGCAUCACCGAUCACUUGUACAGAGUAAGAUCUGAGGAUGAGGGGUGGUGUUGUAUAGUAUGAGCUCUCUUUACAUUAGCAAGCUGCAGUCUUGGGUUCAUGUCAGCACAACAAUGUCUGACAUCAUCUCGAGCUUUUUGGUUUGGAUUAGAGCCGCAACACUGUCAAGAAGUCGCAACCAAAAAUAUCCCAGACCUCAUGAAGGGGGAAUUCCUGUGCUUUUAAACCCUGGCCCUGUUUUUGUUUUGUAAAGAUCUGGGAUGGCUCCAGAGUAUUGCUUCAACAUGCAGCUGUGAAGCAGGCUGCAGUGUCUCCAGUGAAAUCUGUCUUCUUAAAGGUUUUUUCGUCAAGCAUAUUUGCCUUUUAUUAGACGGGACAGCUGAAGAGCUGAAGAGAGGGGAGCAGAGAGCAGCGGGAGGACAUGCAGCAAAGGGUCGUGGCCAAAAGCUGAACCAGCAGCCAUGGCUACGACGACUACUGAGCCAAACCAGAGUCUCCUCCAAGAGAGAAUGAGCAAAGUAUGUCUACAUUGAGUGCAUGUUUUCGACAAUGACAGGCCCAUGUUGUCCUUCUAAGUCCCUGACAGCCACACCACUGAGUAGACCUCUCUCCUUUCACCUGAAACAGCUGUUAUACUCUCUAUGCAAAGCCACCAGAUUCCAUAGGAAAAAGCAGACGUUUUACCGUGCAGUGAAACAGGAAGUUGCUGCUCUACAUCUACCUUUAAUGUUUUCUUUGUUUGCUCUUGUGUUGUGUUGAAUUUGAGGCGACGCAAUAGAACAAGAAAGGUUACAAAACAGCACAAAUACAGUGCCAGGUCGGGGCGGCGGUAGAGCAGCAACUCCAGUUUUCUUCAAGGUAAAAAUGCUGUUUUUGUCAAUGGAGUCUGGUGCAUUCAAAAAGAUAAAUGUACAAAUGUUUCUGGUUUUAAAAACUGCAUCUUACACCAUAUAAAGACCUAUUUCUGGAGGGAUCUAUCAUGUCAUGUUGUCAGACACUUUGAGUAACAAUCUGAGCCUGUAAGACAAAAACAGACGCUUAAAGUGGAGAUACAUCGAUGGGAGACAUUUGCACCAGAAGUCUUUGCAGUCUACUUAAAUGUGUACGCAAAGUUUUGGACUUCUUAAGACCUCAAAAUAUGUAAAAACAGGGCCUAACAAAUUCUAACCUCUCUAACAUUUCUCCAAACUAAAAAGGGAACUUUAUACUUGUACUGCUGCAAAAUAUCCACCUCAGAACUUGAUGAAAAAGCUAAAUGAGGGUUGAAACUAACGUCUUAAAUGAUGUCGACACAAACUGCGUGGGUGUUGAGUGGGACACCGGGUGAAGCAGGCCCUGGUGGCGUGUGACCGAGAGUUCAUUCUUUGUUAUUUAUGUUUUAUUUAUUUAAUUUAUUGAUCGAUUUGUUUGAUGGUUUAUUUUUAUAAUUCAGUGUAACAUUGCCUUGAUUUUUGACACUGUUAUUCUAUGAAUGUUUCAGGACUUGACAACAAAAUGCAGCCUGAUUUGACUUGCUUCAUAUUUUAUUUAUCCGUCUCAUGCAUUUUGAAUUAAGUUUUUUUUCUGCAGGUUUUUCUUACAUCUUCAGCAGUUUGACUCUGAGAUGAUACGUUGAUGCAAUCUGAUAUAUCUGAUUAAAUGCAAAAAUACAAAACAUUCCCGAGACAUAGAUCUCAAAUAUAAAGAACUACCUUGACCUGAAAGAGGAGCUAUUUGAUCCACUUGAUGUUAAAUUUUCUUAAACUUGCAUUUUACCUGUGUUUGUCUGGGCCUAAAAUGCUACAUGCAACAUGCUAAUAUUAAACUUCAGAUUUCAGGAAUAUUCAAUUAAAAGUACGAUGAAGCUAAGGAUAGUUUGAAACCACUAUCUGACACUGUAAUGCCUGAUUUUCUCAUUUUAUUUCUGAAUGUUGAGUCACCUCUCAGCCUGGAAAGCUGCAUCCUCUGUGAUUUGAUCCGUCUUCUUCGACCCGAGUGUUACCCGAUGUUUGUGUCAAUGUGAAUGCUCCGUGUAUGAGGCCUGUACAGAAUGUGAUCAUGCUAAAUGUACAACCUGUUUCCACAAGGAGGGCUUGAUGAAACCAAGUUCCUCCUCCCGAGGUGUAGCCGAGGUGUCGAUAUCUGUCUGAAAUAUUACCAUGAAUAAGCUGAUCUUACCGUUAAUGAUGGACAAUGUUCAGGUGGGGAAUAAUGCUGUUAUUGACUGACUUAUAUUUGCACUGGAACACACUGAUUUGAGUAAAGUCAUAGCAAAUGAG